UCUUUCCAUAAAACUCACCUAGUCCACUCGCAUUAUUCAAUGAAAGUAACCCAUCCGAGAUAGCAACUCUGCAACAAUCAAGCAGCCGAACCAGACCAAACCAAACCCUUGCAUUUCACUCCAAUCUCUCUCUCUCUCUCUCUCUCUACAAACAAGAACAGAACACGCAUCUUAGAACCUUGAGUUUCCUUCAAAUCAAGCUGGAAAAAACCAGAAGAUUUGGAAGAGAGACCAAUUUUUGGAACAUGGGUUCUGAUUCUUUGUCCAUCUUAGCUCCAGCAAAGCCUACACCAGUACCAUUACCAACCCAAGAAGAAGACUCAUCGAACCCAUCCACGGCGCUGCUUUCUUUCAACACCGACUCUUCCUCUUCUUCUUCUUCACCAAAAGACCCACCUCACAAACCCACCACAACCACAAUCAUUUUUAUCUCCCUCCUUCUUAUCACCUGCAUUGCUCUCUCCGCUGCCAUCGCCUUCGCUUUCCUUUUCUUCUCCUCCUCUGCCUCCUCCUCCUCCUCCUCUGCACCUGCCACCUCACACACCUCCUCUUCGCCCGAAUCCCAAGCCCGUCCGCUCACUAAGCUCGAACGUCCUGUAGUUUUGCUGAUUUCCUCAGAUGGGUUCCGAUUUGGGUACCAAUUCAAGACUUCCACACCGAAUAUCGGCCGCUUAAUCUGUAACGGGACCGAGGCCGAGACGGGUUUGAUCCCGGUUUUCCCGACCUUGACUUUUCCGAACCAUUAUUCUAUUGUUACUGGUCUUUAUCCUGCUUUUCAUGGUAUAAUUAACAAUCAUUUCUUGGAUCCACGCACCGGUGAGGCUUUUAACAUGGGGAGCCAUGAGCCUAAGUGGUGGUUGGGUGAACCUCUGUGGGAGACCGUCGUCAAUAAUGGGUUGAAGGCUGCCACGUAUUUCUGGCCUGGUUCUGAGGUAAAGAAAGGUUCUUGGACUUGUCCUGAUAAGUUUUGUAUGAAUUAUAAUAGCUCUGUUCCUUUUGAGGAACGGGUUGAUACCGUUUUAAGUUAUUUUGAUUUGCCUGGUAGUGAAAUUCCCCAAUUUAUGACACUGUAUUUUGAGGACCCGGAUCAUCAGGGUCACCAGGUGGGGCCAGAUGAUCCGGAGAUAACAGAAGCUGUUGCUAGGAUUGAUAGGAUGAUUGGAAGGUUGAUUGAAGGUUUAGAAAAAAGAGGAGUUUUUGAAGAUGUUAGUAUAAUUAUGGUAGGUGAUCAUGGGAUGGUUGGUACGUGUGAUAAGAAGCUGAUUUUUCUAGAUGAUUUGAAUCCUUGGAUUGAGAUUCCGGCUGAUUGGGUCCUUUCCCAUUCGCCUUUGCUGGCGAUUCGUCCACCUCCGGGUGUUAAGCCAGCGGAUGUUGUUGCAAAGAUGAAUGAAGGAUUGAAGUCGGGGAAGGUUGAGAAUGGGAAGAAUUUGAGAGUCUAUCUCAAGGAGGAGCUGCCUGCUAGGCUUCACUAUGUGGCCAGUGACCGGAUUCCACCAGUAAUAGGGUUGAUAGAAGAGGGGUUUAAGGUGGAGCAGAAGAGAACAAAACGGAAAGAAUGUGGUGGAGCACAUGGUUAUGACAAUGCGGUCUUCUCCAUGAGGACCAUUUUCAUUGGCCAUGGUCCUCAGUUUGCAAGGGGACGGAAAGUCCCAUCUUUUGAGAACAUUCAGAUAUAUAAUUUGGUCACUUCGAUUCUCCAGAUUCAGGGUGCUUCCAAUAAUGGAUCUGCAGUGUUUCAAAAGUCUAUUCUUUUGCCAAGUCCCUAAAGUCCAAUGGUAAACAUUUAUUAAGUGGAGGCAGCUACUAAAUCCCAAGGUUGGACCAGUUGUCAGCAAGAUUUUUUGUAACAUGAAGGAAUGGGAUUAUGUGCUCACAAAGAUGGAUGGUUAUGGAUAGCAUCCAAAGGUAACAGUAUCAGUUGUUUUAGAAACCCACGAGCUGCUUGUUUGUUCAUGCUUGGUAACAUAAAUAAUGGUAUUCCAUCUACUUCCUAUCGUCUGAUUUUCAAGUAUUAGAUGCUGCACAAGUGAAAACCGAACCUGGCAUAAAAAAUUAUGUAUUAUAUUUUUGUGUAGUGCUAUAAGGAUUUCCUUGAUGCAGAAUGUCAGUAACAUUUGGAUAUACAACUGUAUCUCAUUUUUCAUUUUCCAUA